AUAAACCGUUGAAGUGCAUUACAUAUGUACACAGCCAUGGGAUCUUUAGCUUUUCAUAAAGUAUGCCCUCUGUCUUACUGCCUUAUCUUGUACAUACCACUUCUUUUAUCGCCAAGUCACAUUGCUUUUGCUUCUGCUAGUCCUACUACUGAAGCUGAAGCACUUCUCAGAUGGAAAGCCACCUUUGAGAACCAAACUCCUCUCCAAAAUCUCACCUCUUGGACUUACUUUCCCAGAAAUAAUGGUGCCUACAAUUCUUCAAGCAAUUCUAAAACGCAAGCACCCCCAUGCUUUUGGACAGGUAUUUCAUGCAAUGCUGUUGGAAGUGUCAUUGCGAUACACCUUACCAAUUUCAAUAUACAAGGUACGCUACAUGAAUUUUCAUUCUCAUCCUUCUCCAAUCUUGAACACCUUUACCUCAAUGUCAACAAUCUCUCUGAUGUCAUUCCACCUCAAAUUAGGUUCCUUUCCAAACUCAUCUAUCUUGAUCUCUCUAACAAUCAUUUUGUAGGGAGUAUUCCACCAAAAAUUUGUAUCCUGCAAAAUCUUACCCAUAUUUGGCUCUAUCAAAAUAACCUGUCUGGUACAAUUCCUAAGAAAAUAGGGAACCUAAAAUCUCUUGUCCACCUAGUGAUUAGCUAUAAUCAACUCAAUGGUUCAGUCCCAGCAUCAAUGGGUGAUCUAACAAACCUCACCUUACUUUAUCUCUCCAAUAAUAAUCUUUCUGGCACGAUUCCUAAAGAGAUAGGGAAAUUGAAAUCUCUUGUAGAGCUACACUUGUCCAAUAACAAUUUAACAGGUCCUAUCCCUCCAAAUAUUGGAAACUUAAGAAAGCUAAUUGUGUUAUACCUGAACGACAAUCAUCUUUAUGGUUCAAUUCCUAAAGAGAUAGGUAACUUGAAAUCUCUUGUGAAGCUUUAUAUGAAUGGGAAUCAACUCAGUGGUUCAAUCCCAGCAUCUCUAGGUGAUCUCACAAACCUCACCCUUCUCUAUCUCCAUGGCAAUAAUCUUUCUGGCACAAUUCCUAAAGAGAUAGGGAAGUUGAAAUCUCUUUUGGAGCUCUAUUUGAGUACAAAUCAGUUCAAUGGUUCAAUCCCAACAUCACUAGGUGAUCUCACCAACCUUACCAUUUUCUAUCUCAACUAUAAUAAUCUUUCUGGUUCAAUUCCUAAAGAGAUAGGUAACUUGAAAUCUCUUAUGAAACUCUGUUUGUUUGAUAAUCAUCUCAGUGGUUCAAUCCCAACAUCCUUAGGUGAUCUCACAAACCUUACCCUUCUCUAUCUCUACAAUAAUAGUCUUUCUGGUUCAAUUCCUCAGGAGAUAGGUAACUUGAAAUCUCUUGUGAGUCUAGAUUUCGCUGAGAAUCAGCUCAAUGGUUCAAUUCCUGCUUCCAUUGGUAACUUGAGCAACUUGGAAUGCUUAUACUUAGGAGAUAACCAACUCUCUGGCUCCAUUCCCCAAGAGAUAGAAAACCUCAAGAAUUUGACUAAUCUAUUAUUGUUUAACAACCAUUUUUCUGGUUGUUUACCGCAAAAUAUUUGCAACGGUGGACUACUCGCAAACUUUUCAAUAGCCAAUAACCAUUUGACUGGUCCAAUCCCCAAAAGCUUGAAAACCUGCAGGAGCUUCACAAGACUUCGUCUUAAUGGGAACAAAUUGACGGGAAAUAUAUCUGAAGACUUUGGUAUCUAUCCAAAUCUUCAUUUUAUAGAUCUGAGCCACAAUAACUUCUAUGGGGAAAUCUCACAAAAAUGGGGACAAUGCCUACAAUUAGAAACCUUGCUAAUUGCAGGAAACAACCUUACUGGUAGCAUACCUCCAGAGAUUGUCAGUGCACAAAAAAUUCAUGAGCUCGAUCUUUCUUCAAAUCACUUAGUUGGGGCGAUUUUGAAGGUAUUCGGGAGAAUGACUUCUUUGCAGAAGUUGAUGUUAAAUGGAAAUCAACUUUCAGGCUGUAUACCCUUGGAAUUAGGAUCACUAAUUGAUCUUGAAUAUCUAGACUUGUCAUCGAACAAACUGAAUGGGCCAAUUCCAAGCAUUUUAGGUGACUUUCUCAAAAUGUACCAUUUGAAUUUGAGCAAGAACAAUUUCCCACAAGCAAUUCCGCUGAAAUUGGGGAAGUUAGUUCAUUUAACCGUACUUGAUUUAAGUCACAACACACUUGAAGGCAGCAUACCACCAGAAAUCACCACUAUGGAGAGUUUGGAGAUGCUCAAUCUUUCCCACAACAAUCUUUCAGGUUUCAUACCAUCAAGUUUUGAAGGCAUGCAUGGCUUAUCGUAUGUUGAUAUAUCUUACAAUGAAUUGGAAGGUCCCAUUCCCAACAACAGAGCAUUUCAGGAAGCUCUUCCAGAGGCUUUACAAGGGAACAAAGGAUUGUGUGGCAACGUAAAAGGUUUGCAACCCUGCAUGCAUGGCUCGAGAAAGGACCACAAACGGGUAUUUAAAAUCACAUUCUCCCUUCUAGCGGCAAUUUUGCUUCUUUCUGCUUUCUUUACAACUGUCUUCAUAGUGGAAAGAAAGAACAAGCAUCACGAUAAAGGAGAAAAAAAUGUGCAAGAAGAAAUAUCAUUUUCAGUUUUGAAUUUUGAUGGGAAGUCAAUGUAUGAGGAAAUCAUAAGGGCGACAGAAGACUUUGAUUCCAUAUAUUGCAUCGGAAGUGGAGGACAAGGUAGCGUCUACAAAGCAAAUUUAUCGUGUGGCAACGUAGUGGCUGUGAAGAAACUCCAUCAACUGGGGGAUGGCGAGAAGAUUUUGGAGAAGGGAUUCUUGAAUGAAAUAAGAGCACUAACAGAGGUAAGACACCGGAACAUUGUGAAGCUUUAUGGUUUCUGUUUGCACUACCGACACUCGUUCUUGGUGCACGAGUUUCUUGAAAGAGGUAGCCUGGCUACAAUUUUGAGCAAAGAUGAAGAAGCCAAAGAAGUGGGGUGGAGAAAAAGGGUUAAUAUGGUUAACGGUGUAGCUCAUGCCUUGUCUUACAUGCACCACGAUUGUGUACCACAGAUUGUACAUCGGGACAUAUCAAGCAAAAAUGUUUUGCUGGAUUCUGAGUACAAGGCCUCUAUUUCAGACUUUGGCACAUCUAAAGUUUUGAAUCCAGACUCAACUAAUUGGACUAGCAUUGUAGGAACAUAUGGAUAUGUUGCACCUGAGCUUGCAUAUACAAUGGAAGUGAACGAAAAAUGCGAUGUUUAUAGCUUUGGAGUGGUCGCAUUGGAAAUAGUCAUGGGAAGGCAUCCCGGAGAUAAGUUCUCAUCAUUCUCAUCAGUGCCUUCUUCGUCCUCAUCAUCAUCGUCAUCUGCAUUACUAGCCCAUCAAAUGCCGAUCGUGGACGUUAUGGACCAACGCAUAUCGCCUCCAACGCAUCAGGAAGCAGGGGAAGUUCUCUCUCUUGUGAGGAUUGCGUUUUCCUGCUUGCAUCCCAAUCCGCAAUCUCGUCCAACAAUGAAACAAGUUUCUCAACUCCUCUCAACUCAGAAGUUGCAUUUGUCGAAGCCAUUACAUAUGAUAGCCUGUGGUGAAUUGCUUGCUCUCGAUCCUUUGACUGGCCGAGAAUCAUAGAAAGUGGGUAUUUCUUAUAAAUAAGUUUCCCUCUCUCAAGUUUCAUUUUAGAAGAAAGUUUGUUUAUAUGUUUCCCUUAUUGUGAUUUAUUUCGUGCACUUGUUUGCUAUAACUCUAUAUGUUUUCAUGCACUUGUCCAUUGUACAUCAUAAUUUAAAAUUCAAAAGGAAGAAUUUGCUUAGGGACAUUCAAUGUUCCUUGUUUGAUUCAAUUCACCUGUAAUAAAAUCUCUAGUAAUUAUAAUUCGUGUUGGGCACAUAAAUGCUACUGAAUGAAAGGCGAUCCGAAAAACAUAUGCUGACGCAUGCCUAUGGAGAAUAUUAUCCGAAAACAUUACCAGCGACUUUGAGGUCAGUUUAGGAAUGCUCUUUCUUUUUGCAUUGGUUCAAUACUUUGACAGAAUGCUCUUCCUAAACUGGUAAAAUGGUUCAACCAAGGCACGCUUGAUCUUUUGGGAGGAAGCAAGUGCGUAGUUGGAAUGACUGUCGUAUUUGGGUUUCUGAAGUUUUCUUAAUCAGAGGAUUGUACUGCUUUGGACACUUGAUCCUCCUGAAUGCCACGCAAUUUUGGCCAAUGACGCAACACAGGAACUAAU